AUGGUUUCAACGAGAAUGCAUUCAAAGUUAACAAAAAUUAAAUCACUCUCCGAUGAGCCAUUAAUGUCAACCGCAUCUGUUACCACUGCUAUCGACGAUACUACAAUCAAUUUUCAACGCUUUCCAUCAUCGAUAAUUGUGGAAGGUCAUUCGGAGAUAACCCUGAAAAGUCAUCAAUAUGCAGCACAAACAACAACAACAACAACAACAACAACAACAACAACAACAACAACAACAACAACAGCAACAACAACAAGGACAACAGUAAAUCCGUGGUUGAGUGAAAACAAUUACCAUUUUGGAGAUGUUUUUUCAAAAAAUAAAUUACACCAUGAAAAUCAUUCAAUACAUGGAAAUGAUAUGAGGCAUUCAAAAUCAGAAAUUUUUGUUCCAAAUGAGCACAAUGAAAUAAAAUCUAAAAUAAUCGUAGCACCAAAAGCGAUUAUUCAUUAUGAACAUCUGCCUAAACCAUUAUCACAGACACGGAGUGCAUUUCAAAUUUCACUACAAUCAUCUGUGUCACCAUCAUCACCAUCAUCAUCAUCAUCAUCAACAAUAUCAUCGAUAACAACAACAACAACAACAACAGCAACAGCAACAUCGUCAUCAAUAACAUCAUCAACAUUAGCAGUAUCAUCAUUAUCAUCAUCAUCAUCAUCAUCAUCAUCACAUGAAGAGAAUGCAAAUCAUCAAAAUUCUAAAAAGUUAAUUGCAGAAAUGUACAGUGCGAUAGAAAGACGAAUUCCAUUUAAAAAAAAUAUGGAAAAUAUGAGAAAUGUUUACGAUAUCGAGCAUAAUGAACAAUUUAAAUAUUAUCCUGAUCAAAGCAAAAAUACCAAUAUGAUCAAUACUUUUUCUUAUCCACAAAAAUUUUUUAAACGAAAUGUCAAACGACAAGCAUCAUUUUUAGCUGCUGUUUCAGCUAAUAAUUCUGAUCGUUGUAAAGAAAUACGAUCCAUUUCCACCUGUGAUUUACAAUCAGAUGUAAACUCUUCAAUGGAAUCACUUAAAUGGCAGAAUGCUGAUAAUAUCACUCAUUUAACUCCAUAUCACACCAAUACAAUGAUAAGAUCAAAUGAAGUACUAUCAUCCAAACAUACUUCUUCAUUCAGCAAUGAAUUCAAAAAUUGUUCUAAUAUUUCAAAGCAUUCAUCAUACUAUUUUUUGCCAGAAAAUAAUUUCCGGAAUGGUAUUCGAUGUAAUAAUUCAUUGGAACGGAAAGAGCAAAAUGUUAAAAAAUUAUUUUUAAAUAUUCCAAAAAUUUCAUCAUCUGAUACUGCUUCAAAUAUGCGACGACAAUAUCAGAGUGAUAAUAAAAGCAAAAAUUCAACUUCAACAAAGCUAACAAAUUUAAUGAAUAAAUCAAUGAUUGAUAACAUAUCAGUGUUAAGCGGCAAUUCUUUUAAAAUUAAUCCUACUGCAAGCGCAACUGAUCGCAGUGAUGGCGUAAAAUGUGCAUCAACAAAUUUUUCAAUCAAAAAACAAUUUUCUUCUACUAAUCAAAGCUCAACACUUUUGCAUGUGAAUGCAAAUUUGUUGCCUACGACAAGAACAGAAAAUACAAAUUAUCUUAUUAAAAAUCAUCUUCCGCAAUCAAAAUCAAUGGAAAUAUUCACAAAAUAUGGAUUGUCACAUCUGUUCAACGAUACCUGUAAUAAUUUCAAUGAAUUUCGAUGUCAUCGAAAUCGACGACGACCCAAAUCAUACGUAAUGGCUACCAGUUCCGGUUCAGCAUUAUCAGCUAGUGAUGAUUCAAUUGUAAUCCAAAAUGCAUCAUCAUCACCUGAUAUCAAGCGUGUGUUAUCAUCAGAGGAAUUACAUGAUAGUGGUGAUAGCUUAUCAUUAUCAUCACCAGUACUUGCCAAAACAACAUCAUCAAUAUUUUAUGCUCCAAAUCAUAGCGCUUCAACAAGCGUUCAUAUACCAGCAACCACGCAUCGCAUUCAACGCUUUAUCAGUUUUUUUUCUUCCAGUGAUACACAGUCGAAACAUUGUGAAAAGACAAUCUCACCUACUACUACUGUACGAUUUCCAUCACGUCGUCGUCUAAAACGCUCAACGACAGCGACAACAGCGCCGAUUAGUACAUCCUUAUUAGCUACACCGAUACGUCUAGGUGAUGUUCAAAAACAGGGCCAACUUAUGCAUCAAGAAGUGGCCAUGGGUGAAUCACUAAAAAAUGACCGACACAAGUGGACAAUGUAUUGGGCAGUACUUCAUGGUACUAAAUUAUAUCUUUGCUGUCAACUAAGCUCACAUAUCAAUGACGAAACGCAUGAAAAAUUAUUGAAUAUUCCAUCGGAUGCUCGUGAAAUUGAUCUGAAAUCAGCUAUCAUUGAUAUAGCAUAUGAAUAUUGCCGCCUAAAAGAUAACAAAAAAGCGCACAUAUUUCGUGUGAUAACUCAACAACAAACUGAACAUCAUUUCCAGGCUUAUUGUGAAGAUGAUAUGUUAAAAUGGAUUGAAAUUAUUCGUUUUGCUUCUGCUAAUUUAAUUAGCUCACAAAGUGACCAUGGCACUAUUUCUGCGGCUUCUACAAAAGGUAUUGCUGAAGAAGAAGUACCAUCGAAUAAUUCCUCAAUUGAUGCAAAAUUAGAAUUAAAUAAUUCGAAAUUUUUAAACAAAUUUCAACAAGAUCAUCAUCAUCAUCAUCAUCAUCAUCACCAUCAUCAUCACCAUCAUCAUCAACAACAACAACAACAACAACAGUCUUUAGCUAAUCGUUGUAGUCGAUUUCAUACAGUUAACGAAUAUGAAUCACAAGGAAUAGACGAAGUCACGGUGAAAUGUUGUAGUACGAAUGAUUCUAAUAAUAGCAUUUCCGGUACAAAUCAGGUUACCGGUGAUGCUACAACUAAAUUAAUUAUGCAAAGGUAUAAAAUUAAAUCAUCACAUUAUCCAUCACCAGGUAUUAAUAAACGAUAUUGUUCUACUGCACCAUCUAUGGAUCAUAAUUUACAACCGGGAACCUCCGUUGAUUCAGGAUCCGGUUACAGUGAAGGAACUGUAGCAACUAAUGAUGAUCAAACGAUCAAUACAUCAACACCAAAAACCAUUCGUAAGUGGAAAAAAACAAAAACAAUAAAACAACAAUGUUCAACUAGUCGAUCUGAUCAACAACCAUCUCAACAUUCAUCUGCAUUAGGUCAAAAAAUUGUUGAUUAUCCUACAAGUGGUAGUGGUGAUAUGGUACCAUUAAUUAUUAGAUUAUGUGUAAAAGUAGUAGAAGCAAAUGGUAUGGAUACGGUUGGCAUUUAUCGAAUUCCGGGUAAUACGGCUGCUGUGAAUGCUUUGAAAGAAACACUUAAUAGUGGUUUUGCAAAUAUCGAUUUUACGGAUUCAAGAUGGAAUGAUGUAAAUGUUGUAAGUAGCCUAUUAAAAAUGUUCUUGCGUAAAUUACCGGAACCGUUGCUAACAGAUAAAUUAUAUCCAUUUUUUAUUGAUGCAAAUCGAAUUGCUUCACAUCCACAACGAUUACGAAAACUUCGUUAUUUAACUCGUAAACUUCCUUCUGCUCAUUAUCAAACAUUGAAAUAUUUAAUGGAACAUUUAAGAGCGGUAGUUGAACACAGCGAUGUUAAUAAGAUGGAAACGCGUAAUUUAGCAUUGAUGUUUGGUCCAUCAAUUGUAAGGCCAAGUGAUGACAAUAUGGCUACCAUGGUGACACAUAUGUCUGAUCAAUGCAAAAUUAUUGAAACAUUCAUUACAUAUUGUGAUUGGAUGUUUGAUGAAAAUAUUACGAUGGAUGAUGAAGUACCACCACAAAUUUUCACAUCAAAUGAUUCUGCUACUGGUAGUAAUAUUGCAACUGGUAUUAAUGAAAAUGAAUGCAGUAUUACUACUUCAUCAUUUAAUGAUAUGCAUAAUUUAAUUAGACGUGUUAAUGAGGCUGAAGCUAUUGCUUUAAUGGAUGCACAAAAAAGUGGAAAGAUAAAACAAAUUUUAAAUGUGCGACGCAAUUCGAAACGUGAAAAACGAAAGAAACUACGUGAUCAUUCAAUUCAUGCUCCAAGUAUUUCAUCCACGCAAAAUAUAAGUAAAGUUACGAGAGUAAUGGAUAGUACUGCUAAUACAUCCGAACAUUCAGUUACAGGAGUUUAUCAGGAACGUGAUAUCGACGCUGAAAUAGCGUCACGUCAACAGCAAACUCUAGGUAAGUGCACGCAGCAGUACGCUGGUACCAGUUCAUCAGCUGAUCAUUCGCCUUCGCUUGGUUCGUCGCAUGAUUCCACAUGUCAUACAGUAACGUCUCCCUUCAAUUUAUGCGAAAUAAAAGAUGAAAGUAUGGGAAAUGUACUGAAUUGUACGGAAGCAGAUGAAAUGAGACGUCGAAGACAAAAGGAAAUUUGUUCUGCACGACGAAUUUUUAUUGCUGGUACAGAUGCUGAUCUAGAUGAUACGGAUGCUGAUUUGGAUGAACUUGUUAAUCAUUCUCGUCAUCUUAAUUUAGCAUCGUUACCAACGCUUGAUGUAUUAAGCGCUGAAACACGUGAAAAAAUUCGACGUUUACAACAACUUCAAGGAUGGGCAUCUACUGCACUUGAAAGACGUGAAAUUGAAAUGGGAAUGAAAACGAAGCAUUGUCUUCCACAAAAGAUUCAUGACGAAAAACCAUCACCACCACCAGCACCAGCACCACCAGCAGUUCAACCACAACCGCUACAACCACAACCACAACCGCCUUCAUCACAAUCAGUAUCAAUGAAGACAACAACAGCAGAAGAAUUUUCAUCCACAGAUGCUUUAUCAUUAACAUCUGAUUACAGCACGACAUCAUCUGCACCUUUAACUAUACCUGUGACAAUUUCUUGCAUUGAUCAUUUGGCUGCUGCAAGUAGUGAUUAUGCGUCCAGUGAUUUGUCACCAUAUACUCGUAAUGCUAGUGCAUCACCGAGACAUCCUGAUUUAGAAGCUGCAGAAGUAACACAACUUAAUUUUUCCUCCGGUAUUUCUGAUCAUUUCAAACGAUCUCAUCAAGGAAUGCAAUCAUCUACUAGCGAAGAUUGCUGUAGUGGUUCCAGGGAUCAGGAAGAUGUAAUGCUUGGAAUACCUUUAUCAUGUCAAUAUUUGCUUAUCACUGAGACGAAACGUUCAGAAAGUCAGCCAAAGCUUCAUCGAUCUCAUAUGACAGUUUCGGAAUCUGAAAUGGUAGAUGCUAUGCCGAUUCCGGUAGCUCAGUAUUGUGAGAAAGUUCCAUCUAUUGAUGGAUCUAAAAUGAAAACACAUGUUAAAAUGAGUGAUCGACGAGAGUUAUGGAGGAGACAUACACUCAGUGAUAUGGAUAUCAUUCGUAAGAGUUUAAAAGAAGAAAUGAAACGUAAAAGCAGUGCAUCAAUAACCUCACAAACCGGAAAUACACAUUCAAAUAUUGGUAUUAAAGUAAAUAAAUUUGCUGAAUUGAUGAAGAAUUCCUCAACUGUAUUUGUAAAUGAUGGUACUAAUGAAGGUGAAAGAGUUGAAAUUAGAAAUAAUAGUAUCACUUGUGGUACCAAUAAAAAAUCUAUAACUAAGAUGACAUUAUCAACAAUACCAAAGAUUGUUAGAUCAACAGAUGGUAGUAUUUCAUCGUCAAUUGGAUCAAAUGGUGACAUGACAUCACCAAGUGAAGUUUUACCUUCUUCGGGUGAUGAACAAUUAUGA